GCUUAUUUGCCCACGACCAUCGAUGGGCGUGGUUUAUAUAACUGCGGGGCGUGGCUUCGGCGUCGCAAACCCGGCUGUGGCCCUACAGAGUCGCACACGUUAUGGCCUGGCCGGGCGUCCUCAUCCUUCCCGCACUGCUGCUGCUCGACCCGGCGCCGUGCGCCUCCCAGGCCGUCUCCCCCUCCCCGGGCCCGGAGCAGCUACCCCUCAUCCUGGGCUUCAAGCUGGUGAGCAGCGACCAGGAGACCCGGCUGUCAGAGAGCGGGGAGCUGCAGGUGACCGAGGGCAGCCGCAUCCAGCUGCGCUUCUACGGGCUGCACCUGCGACCGGACAGCGAGCAGCUACUGGCCUUCACCGAGGUGUCCCUGGGGCCGCAGGACAACCGCAGCUGCCUGGAGGACACCCGGGACCUGCUGCGCAAUGCCCAGCUCAACGUCAGCGAGGAGGCGGCGGAGGGGGGCGGCACGGCGGCUGUGCUCCGCCUGGAGGUGCAGCUGCUGCGGAAGAGCCAGACGUCCCGGGUGUACGCGCUGUGCACCCGCCGGGGCCCCGGCCUGCCCUGGACGCUGCACCCGGGGCCGGAGGGCCGGCUGCGGGUGCUGGAGGAGCACAAGCCCUUCCUGCCCGUCUGGCUGCAGGGCAUCAUCAUCGCCGUGCUGCUCGCCCUCUCUGGCAUCUUCAGCGGCCUCAACCUGGGCCUGAUGGCGCUGGACCCCAUGGAGCUGCGGGUGGUGCAGCGCUGCGGCUCGGAGCGGGAGAGGAGAUACGCCGCCAAGAUCGAGCCGGUGCGCCGCAAGGGCAACUACCUGCUGUGCUCGCUGCUGCUGGGCAACGUCCUGGUCAACACCACGCUCACCUCGCUGCUGGACGAGCUCAUCGGCUCCGGCAUCGCCGCCGUCAUCGCCUCCACCAGCGGCAUCGUGGUGCUGGGCGAGAUUGUGCCCCAGGCCCUGUGCUCCCGGCACGGCCUGGCCGUGGGCGCCAACACCCUGUGGCUCACCCGCAUCUUCAUGGUGCUGACCUUCCCCCUGGCCUACCCGGUCAGCCGCCUGCUGGACUGCGUCCUGGGACAGGAGAUCGGCACCGUCUACAACCGGGAGAAGCUGCUGGAGAUGCUGAAGGUUACGGAGCCAUACAGCGGACUGGUACGGGAAGAGAUGAAUAUCAUCCAGGGAGCGCUGGAGCUGCGCACAAAGACAGUGGAGGACGUGAUGACCAAGGUGGAGGACUGCUUCAUGCUAACCAACGACGCCAUAUUAGACUUUAACACCAUGUCCAGCAUCAUGGAGAGCGGCUACACCCGUAUCCCUGUGUAUGAGAAUGAGCGAUCCAACAUUGUGGACAUCCUCUACGUGAAAGACUUGGCCUUCGUGGAUCCCGAUGACUGCACCACCCUGAGCACCAUCACCCGUUUCUACAGUCACCCCGUCCACUUCGUGUUCAGUGACACCAAGUUGGAUGCUGUGCUGGAGGAGUUCAAGAAGGGAAAGUCUCACUUGGCCAUUGUACAGAAAGUGAACAGUGAAGGAGAAGGUGAUCCGUUCUAUGAGGUGAUGGGUCUAGUAACUCUCGAGGAUGUCAUAGAAGAAAUUAUCAAAUCAGAGAUUUUGGAUGAAUCGGAUCUUUAUACGGAUAAUCGCAGUAAGAAACGCGUUGGUCGUCGUCAGGACAAAAAGGAUUUCUCAGUUUUCAAAGACCCAGAUCAUGAGCUAAGAGUAAAAAUUUCACCCCAGCUGCUCCUUGCUGCCCAUCGCUUCUUAUCCACAGAGGUGUCCCUGUUUGCACCCACCUUGGUAUCGGAGAAGACGCUCCUGCGCCUGCUAAAGUACCCAGAUGUAGUGCAGGAGCUGCAUUUCAAUGAGGAUGAGAAGAAGGCACCUGAACACUACCUGUACCAGCGCAACAAGAUAGCCGACUACUUCAUCCUUAUCUUACAGGGGAAGGUUGAAGUGGAGGCUGGGAAGGAGAAUAUGAAAUUUGAGUCUGGAGCUUUCUCCUACUACGGUGUCAUGGCUAUGAGUGUCACAUCAGCUAAUGAGCUCCGCUCCCCCUCUCACGUGGGCAGCCUGAACAGGUCCUCAUCCCUCAGCCAUGAACGCUCAAACUCCAUCUCCUCAACCAUCAGUGGCAGCAACACUCAGCUCAGUGUCCAAACGCAAUACACAGCGGACUUCAGCGUUCGGGCCCUGGGGGACUUGCAGUAUGUAAAGAUCACAAGGGACCAGUAUCAAGGAGCCCUGAUGUCUUCCCGGUUGGAUAGUAGCCCUCAGUCUCCUGAGGGAGGAAUCCACAAGCCAGACGGCACCUUGUCCGAGCACAGUGAGGUAUUAGUGGAUGAAACCACCAGUCUGUUGAACCAGAGGAACUCUCAGCACAGCCUGCAUCAUAAUGCAGUUUGACAACACCAUCGGCGCUGUCGUAGCAUUGCUCUGCCUGUUCUUUACCAGUGGAUCAGACUUUGCAAUAUCUAACUGGAUAACAGUGUGACUGUGUACUGCAUGCAAAGCUUUAUCCUACAAUGACAAAGAGAGCAGACUUCCAUGCAGAAUGGAGGCCGUGGCACUACGCUUGUCAUGUCUGUAUGGGGAGAGCUUUGCAAGCCUCCUGUUCCGGAGUAUUCAUAAUGAUGUUCUCCAGACCUUCAGCAAGGCCAGUAAUCAGAGCAAUGUUCUGCAGCGCUGGAGCAUAAAGACUUGUCUAGAGGAGAACAUUAGACUACCAAAGGGGAACUGGCAGAGCGAGGUUCUGCUGUGCUUUGGGAAUGGUUUGAUGCUGUGCAGAGCAUCAACUCAGGGAAGGAUUUCUACAUGUGCACUGGAGACCCCCAACUCUAAAAAGGGGAUCUAUUUGUCUGUCUUCCUCGGGGGAGAGGGUAGUGCUUAGUCUUCCUAUAUAUGUGGGUGCUUUACCCACACCAUCUUUCAUUCUUAUAAACACCAGCUGUCUGGUAUCUCAGAAGGGGCCACUGAAGGUCUUCCUGUUAUUAGUGACCCUUCUGGGAAAAGCUAGGUGUGAUUAUCUCAUACUGUAUUGCCCUCUCCUGUCUGGUUUCCUAGUACCCCAUAUGGAUCUGAUGGUGGCCUGGUUUGUAUGGUGGGUGUCUUCUGCAUUGGUGUCCACACUCCUGGUACUAUGAGUAUCUAACAGUAACCAAAGCCAUCAAGUCACCACCAGUAUUGUGUUCUGGUCAAGUAUUGAGGACUAAUGAGGGAAUAUCUGUAUUACUGACAAGCUAUCGCUGACGUGCUGCACCAAUCUCUGCACUGUGGCAGCAAGGAGAACUUUUUCACAGGCAGCUUUCAUAUUCAUAGUUGUUUACAUGGCAAAGGGUAGUAUCCCCUCUGUAUAAAUGUCUGCCACUUGACUACAACACUAGGGGCCUGUGUCCCAAUCAUAUGUCACCACUAAUAGGUUAUAGUGACAUGAUACUGAAGGCCAAGAGAAGUAUUCAGACAUUAAAAUGGUGGUACUGGCCUUAUUCUGCAUUCAUGGUAUUGGGGAUACCCUGGACAAUGCAGGCGGUGUUAUUGCAUCGUCACCUAUGUGGAUCAUUCAUCCCCUCACUUACUGUCCAUAUAUAUAUAUAGCACUGCUUUCUGUCUGCUCUCCUCCCCUAUUUGCACUGCAGCACUCUAGUCUUCCCAAAAACAAUUCCAGAGGGUUAUUUUGGACAAUUGGGUCCCUCCUCAUAUUUGAAGUAGAUAUGUGUUUAUUUUUGCAGUUAUUUUUGCACUUGAUCUGUUCUGAAUCCCAUGUUGGACCUAUAGAAAAAAAAACCACAGUAAAACAGUAUUGCUGCAUAUUUCUGCUAAAUUGAGACGUGGAAAGAUGAGUAAUGAAAUGUAUACUGAGGUACAUUUUCCAGGAAAUCUAUUUGCAAAUCACUUCGACUCAAUCUAAUCUGUGUGUAGGAGACAUAUUUAUUUUUAAAUGUAUGCUUUCUGCUAUAAGCAAAAGAACCAAGUGUUUCCUAUAAUGGUACAUUGGGAAGUGAAAGGUGUUCAUGCCAAUGGGAAAUGCACCAAGUGGUAAAGGGAAUGUUUGAUUGCAAACCUCUGAUUGAGCAAGCACCAAUUGGCAUUUUAGAAAGGUUGUAUAAUCCCUUCUCAGUCAGACUCCUUUCAGACAUAAGCCUAAACCUUGGAUUUUGCAUGUAUACAUGCAUUGGCGGGUAUGGCAUAUCGCGGCAGGGUCUCUUCGAUUUGGCAGUCCCAGGUCUACAACCCUGCUCGCUAUAAGGGGUCCCAGGGGCUUGCAAUGGUAUGUAGUUCAGCUGCUGGAAGUCUGGAUCCUGGUAUUCGCGUUACCAACGCCGGGAUCCUGAUUGCUGACAGUGCUGCCAGCCAGAAUCCUGGCUAGCAGGGGCUAUUCCCACUCGUGGGUGUCCACGACACCCAAAGAGUGGAAAUAGAACAUGCGGCGAGCCACCGAGCCCCCAAGGGGACUCUGCGCUCACCCCGUUGCUGGCAUACUGACGUGCGGGAUGCUGUUGUCUAUAUACUGACGGCUGGCAUCCCGAUAAGUCUGUAACUCAUACUGAUCUCCAUCCAAUCUGGGUAGACAACCUGGCUUAAGUCUGAAAGUGCGAUAUAGGGCAAGCCUAAAAGAAAUGAGUAGGGCGGGGACAGUAGUGCUUGGAGAUGGCAUAAUCUCCAACCGCCCACUGAAUGCCGGAGGACGUGGGUCACUGGAAGACCCAGGUCUGGUGUGAAGGGGUAUCCCCGGCUACGAGCCAGGUUGAAGCUAGGUUUUAUGUCUGAAAGGGGGAUUUGUAGUGCUCCCGAAUAAGUAGUUUGGUCAGCUCAAUGUAACGCUAGUAUUAGCUGUCCGUAUUUACAAGUUACAUAUGAAGUCAGAUAUGCCUAGACCUAAAUAUGUGUAAUACUCGCGAUACCUGGAUGGGCAUUAGAGCAUCCAAUCAGUCAUUGCAUAGGUUAAAUACUGGAUUCUGCUUGGCCAUGAUGCUAAAAGCAGUAAUUCGACUGGGCAGCUGUAGGGAGACCGCUGCCGAACCUCUAAUAAGGAGGGGAGGCAUUCUCUACAAAAGUAUACAAACCUUUAUGCAUAACCCUCACCUACUCCUAACCAUUAUGGACUUAACCAGUUUUAAUUCCAAAAUUGAACAUGGCAAUAAUAUUAAAUGCAAAACGCUCCUACCUAGUUUUAUAUGUAAUAUUAUUGGAGGUCAAAACCACAGAGAAUUGCCAGCAUUAUGUCUGACUAUUGAUUCCCCCCCCCCCCCCCCCCCUUCCCAACUGGUUCUUUAUAGGUGACGGGAACUUUUUUUUCUCUUAAUUGCUUGCUCUUUACACUAAAGGGUUUUUUGUUUGUUUUUUUAAGAUAAAAUUUGGUUUCCAGAAAAUGUAGCAUUCAUUGUAUGAACAAGCCAUAAAGCGUUUCCUGCUGUGUUUGCAGCGUCUGGUCUUGAGAUGCAGAUCCCAACCUUCUCGCUCAGGGACUGGAAAUUUAGCAGAAUUUAGAAAUUAGAGCCUAUUGCUGUUUACUGAGUUCCAAAAGAAGGGAAAUGUUUUUAUUUUUUUUUGUCCUCAGGAGUGGUGGUGGGUGAGAAAAGGUACAAUUUGAGAUGAUUGUAAAUAUAUAUAAAUUGUUUAAUUAUUAAAGAGUUAUUAAUUCA